CAUUGUUGGGGCUGACGGCCUGCGAGCGUGGCGGGUGUCGGAGGCGCUCGGAUUCCCGACCGGGCCGGUCCCAGCCGUCCUCGUCGCCCUCCGCGCGCACCGAGCGCCAUGGCCCAGCCGCCGCCCGACGUCAGCGAGGACGAGUGUCUCCCUGAGUACCGCUAUCGCUUCUGCCCCGACCUGCUCCGGGACAAAGUGGCCUUCAUCACAGGUGGUGGCUCUGGGAUCGGGUUCCGGAUUGCUGAGAUUUUUAUGCGGCAUGGUUGCCACACAGUCAUCGCCAGCAGAAGCCUUCCAAGAGUGUCGGAGGCUGCCAGAAAGCUGGCUGCUGCCACCGGCCAGCGGUGCCUCCCUUUAUCUCUGGACGUUCGGGCUCUCCCUGCCAUCACAGCUGCUGUGGACCAGGCACUGAGGGAGUUUGGGAAGAUCGACAUUCUUGUCAACUGUGCAGCUGGAAACUUCCUGUGCCCCGCCAGCGCGCUGUCUUUCAACGCCUUCAAGACCGUGAUGGACAUCGACACCUUGGGCACCUUCAACGCAUCUCGUGUGCUUUAUGAGAAGUUCUUCAGGGUGAGUGUCCCUUCUGCCCGGGAGCCGUAUCCUCUGGCCAUCCACUCACUGCACGCCCCUUUGUUACAGGACCAUGGAGGGGUGAUCGUGAACAUCACUGCAACCCUGGGGGCCCGGGGACAGGUGCUUCAAGUGCAUGCAGGCUCGGCCAAGGCGGCUGUGGAUGCGAUGACACGGCACUUGGCUGUGGAGUGGGGUCCCCAGAACAUCCGUGUCAACAGCCUCGCCCCCGGCCCCAUCAGUGGCACAGAGGGCUUCCGGCGGCUGGUCAGUUCCCAGGCCAGUGUCGGCACGAAGACUCUGGCCAUCCCCCUGCAGAGGCUGGGCAACAAGACAGAGGUCGCCCACAGUGCACUGUUCCUGGCCAGCCCUUUGGCAUCCUACGUGACGGGCGCUGUGCUGGUGGUUGACGGCGGGGCAUGGCUGACAUUCCCCAACGACCUCAAGUUGCUGGCAGAUUUCGCAUCCUUCUCUGCUAAGCUCUAGCCCCUGGAUGCCUGAAGCAAAGGAAGUGUUCUGAAGGAAGCUGGUCCACCGUCUCCCGAGGACUUCUGGGACGGCUCCUGCCGUGCUCCUCGCAGGGCUGCCUCCCACCGCCACACCGGACGGUCUCAGCAGCAUCGCAGCCGGACACUGGCCCAUCCUCUGGGAACUCCGCUGUGUCCACAUUCCCUCCCCACAGCCCUGUCUCCCGCGCUCAGGUGGGAGUGAUCAGGCAGUGAGGCCCCUGCUCGCUGGCCUGCACCCUGUGGAUGUCUGUCAGGGACGCUGGGAUGUUCUGGAACUUCCUCGGGAGCUGGCCUGCGGUCUGUGGCUGUCCCCCCAACUGCCCUGCCUCGCCUCAGCCUGGGAGGCCUUUGUUGUCUUCCUGCCUGUGCCCCUGUGGCCCUACUGCCCGUCUGCAGAAAGGAAGGUGCUUCAGGCCCUGUCUUCCCCCCCUUGCUCUUCCCCUUGGGGAUCUUACUCCACAAGGGGAAGCCAGACCAGGGAGGCUAGAGAAGCGUGUUUGAUCCUUCCCGCCCCAGGCCUGGCAUCCUGAAUCUCCUGGCCAAGGUGUUGGACUACCAUGGGAUCCCCUGGCUGGGGGCCACCCAUCCCUCUCAGCCAUCGGUGACAUGGACUGGGGGGACAUGUCCCCCCACCUGCCCUGGAGUCUGUCCUUUGCUGGGAUAUCCCAGGGGAUCGAGUCCUGUGCCAUUCAGGGCCUGACUUUCUAGCCUGACUUGCUGGCCAUUGUCACCAGCACCCUCUCAUUGGCCCAGAGGGGUCAGAAGAUUCUAGCCUCUCAUUUGUUCCUUUGAUGAUCACUCUUUGCCAUUCAGGCCAGGACCUAAGGGAACCCCUGGGACCCUAGGAUUUGUUUUCUGUGCUGUUUGUUAGAAGCUCUGAGGUGCUGUACGGGAGGCGCUCCGAGCUGUGGUCUGGCCGGGCAUGCGGCACCCUCCUCCCUAUCUCUACCACCAGUUUGCGUUGUGCUAUUAAAUGCAUGUCCCUAGGGGCGCCUGGGUGGUUCAGUGGGCUAAAGCCUCUGCCUUCUGCU